GUGACAUCAGUAAGCUCCACCCAUGCCCUAAGUCGGCUGCCAGGACUGGAGCUAACGGAGGAAAUUACCAAAGAUCCCCGCCACGGAACAGGACAAGGACACAGAAGCAGAGACUAGGCAAGACAAAGAUACAGGGGCAUGAGAAGACGUCCCAUGUGCGGGACACAAGAUUUUCACAGAGUUUGGGCUGUGCCAUUAUAACAGAGAACAACAGAUAUCUGAAGUUGAUUGAGAGAACCAGAACUGUACAUGAAACGUUGACUAUAGAGAUGCUGCGAUGUAAAGCAGACCCCCCCAAUCACACUGACAGGACCAGUACACCUCAUGGGAUUGGCGUUAAAAAUACUCUUCAUCUCCACUCAAUAUAAUGGAUAAAGUCUACACAUCUACGAUCCACUCCUCCACCUUCCCACAGAAUACAGUUAAUCGAACAGAUAUCUGUGUCUUCAAUGAGUCAUUUAAGUUUUAUUUGCUGCCAGUGUCUUACAGUACAGUCUUCAUACUAGGUCUGCCAUUAAACCUUACAGCCAUAUGGAUUUUCUUUGCACAGAUGCGCCCAUGGAGCCCUACAACAAUUUAUAUGUUUCAUCUAGCCCUAUCUGACACUUUGUAUCUAUUGUCACUGCCUACACUGAUCCAUUACUAUGCUCAUCAUAACAACUGGUCUUUUGGGGAAACUUUAUGCAAGAUUGUACGCUUCCUCUUCUACACAAAUUUGUACUGCAGUAUCCUGUUCCUCACCUGUAUCAGUGUGCACCGCUACAUGGGUAUCUGUUACCCUCUUUUCACUCUACAGAGAAUGAAGGCUAGAUAUGCUCAUAUGUUGUGUGUUGGGGUAUGGCUGUUAGUGAGUGCCUGUUUAGUACCUAAUCUUAUCUUUGUUACUGUCAGCCCCAGGGGUAAUGACACCCUAUGCCAUGACACAACACGACCUGAAGAAUUUGACAACUACGUUGAGUACAGUACGGCUGUUAUGAGCCUUCUGUUUGGUGUCCCCUGCCUCGUGAUUGCCAUUUGUUAUGGACUUAUGGCUAGAGAGUUAAUGAAACCAUUAGUAAAUGGCUCUCGCAGGACAUUACCCACCUAUAAAAAGAAAUCCAUUAAGACCAUUGUUGUGGUUCUUACAGUGUUUGUCAUCUGUUUCCUUCCAUUUCAUAUAACUCGUACAAUGUAUUAUUAUUUCCGACUGCUGGAUGCAGAUUGCCAACUACUCAAUGUGAUAAAUUUAAUAUACAAGAUAACUCGCCCUUUGGCCAGUGCCAAUAGCUGCUUUGAUCCUGUCUUGUACUUCCUGGCCAGUGAUAAUUAUCAUAGGAGACUGACUUCAGCUUUAAAAAAGCUUUCUUGUCCUUGUCUAAGACGCCUCCCUGCCAGGGAAUCACAGCCCUUGUCACACAGAAAGCAGACUGGUCUAGCUGUUAUUUCGGCUGAAAACACUAAUGCCAGUGGUAGCUUAGGCAAACUCUUGGUUGUUAAGGCGGAAAAAGGGGAGGUAACUGAGGAAAAGAGUGUAACGAAAAACAAGAUUGACAAUAGAGCAAUGGAAAGCUUUGGAAAGUCUAAGUCAAAUAAAAACCAAAGAGACAACUUUGUGAAAGACACUGAGAGUAGAACAUAUGCAGUGCUCACUACUGCAAAAAAUCUUCAAAGUGAAUGUAUAGAAGAUAUAAAUGUGAUUCAGUGCCAGGAGAUUAAUAUUGAUGUUGACUGGAAAAAACAUAAACAAAAAUCAGAAAGAAAGAAGAACACUGGACUAUGCAGAGGCCGCAAGAGUUUGAGAAAAAUGAAAGAUUCAGAGGAGCCACAAGAAAGUAGUCUGGAAGAGAACUCCCAUGAAGUAGACAGCCGCUCAUCCUGGAAUUUACUGGCCUCCAUUCACCAGGACACACAGUGUGUGUGGCCUAAUUCCAAUGAGGAUACUGCUGGGGAGAAGACCCUGCAAAGCCUUCCAAAUAUGUAAAUAAAUGAACAUAGCAAUGCUCUCGAGUAAGAGAGAAGUGGACAGAGAAGAAACUGUAAGAAAUCAGACAUAAGACUUUUAUACUGGAUCUCUGUCUUGGUUUUACAGCAGCCAUAAACAUGUCUAUAUUAAAUACAGUUAACUUACCAUUUAGUAUAUAAAACAUAAUA